UGAUCAUAUUCAACAUUAUACAUACCUCAUCUUUCGAUCAUAUAGUUACUACUAGCAAAAUGGCAUUCAAGUUCGCCGUAUUUAUUUGUCUGGUGGCGAUUGCCAGAGGUGGUGUUGUCCCAGCUGCACCUUUGACCUACCAAGCCGCCGCCCCUGUGGCCUAUGCUGCCAGUCCAGUCGCAUAUGCCGCUCCAGUCGCCAAGGUGGCUGCCGCCGCCCCUGUCACCUAUGCUGCCAGUCCAGUUGCAUAUGCCGCUCCAGUUGCCAAGGUGGCUGCCGCCGCCCCCGUAGCCUAUGCUGCUAGUCCAGUCGCCUACGCCGCCCCUGUUGCUAAGGUGGCUGCCGUCGCCCCCGUAGCCAAAGUCGCCGUGGAAGAGUAUGAUCCCCACCCCCAAUACAGCUUCGCCUACGAUGUUCAGGACGGCCUAACUGGCGACUCUAAGACCCAGCACGAAUCUCGUGAUGGAGAUGUUGUGCAAGGCUCGUAUUCCGUCGUGGACCCCGAUGGCACUAAGCGCACCGUUGAGUAUACCGCUGACCCCCACAAUGGUUUCAAUGCUGUUGUAUACAGAGAGCCAGUGGGCGUGAAAGUUGCCGCUGUGGCUAAAGUUGCUGCUCCUGUCGCGUACGCUGCACCAGUUGCCAAAAUUGCUGCACCCAUUGCCUAUUCACAACCAGUCUACCACCACUAAGCAUUGACGAACUGACGCGGAUUAAGUAAAAUUAUUUAUUGUCAUAGAAUGACGAACUGAAAAUAUAUUUAAUA